UUUCGAUACAACGUACAACUUCAGUUGGAUGUUUUGAACUUACGUUUCGUUUCGAAUGAACAACGUAUACACUAGCAGAAGACGCAAGUGAUGACUCGCUCGAUUCUGAUUGGACACCCGUACGGAAGAUGCAGAUCAGAAGGGCAACUCUAAUACAUCCGGAAUGUCAUGUCCUUAAUUGUCGCUUCAUUAGAAGCUAAACCAUGAACCGAUCCGAACGAUGCUCUGCCCACAGUCACAAAAUAGUCGACGUUACCCGGAAUCCAGAUCUUGACUAUCUAGCAGACAGUCUAAAAACUUUUAAAAUAUUUUACUGAUUAUCGUCGCUUCAUUUCACCUGCUUCUGACUCGAUGGUGAGCAUUUCCACAUAUGAUACCAAUCAAAAGCUCUGCGCCUAGCGCACGUCUUCUACGAACUCUAAUUUAGCACUGAUGAUUAUGAAUCGUCAGCUACGUCAUCACCUAUUAAAGCCCAUUGGCGGAGAGAGGAACAGUAGAAGCGCAGCCGGUGCAGCCCUAACAAAACACUUGUGACAAAGUAUAACGCAUCUGAUUUAUUCGAUAAGCGCUGCAUAUGAUGGAGACCAAUUCGGAAGGAUGACAAGCUAGCAUCAGUUAUGACAUAAUAAAUCUUCAGCUGGAUUGUGGAAGACUAAGCAUAUGUGUUCCCAUAUGUGCGCACCUAUUGUACGUAUGCUACACACGCAGUUUACAACGACAGUACUAGAUCCGGGUAACGUGAUAAAAGAUCCAAACAAGGUGGCCAAAUAGAAUAUUCUAGAUUUAUAUAAUAUGAAGCACAAUUGUAUAUAAACGGGUUGAAAGUACUUUGUUGGUCCACACUCUCCUGUUUCUCCAGCAGUACAACAGCUCAACAUGAUGCUACGCUGGAUCACUUUCUCUAUUGUGCUGGUUGCGGUAAUCGCCGGUGUCGUUGAAAAUGAAGUUGACGAACAACCGUUUCUUCGUGAAUUUUCCGAGGACGAAAUGAGGAUGAGCGAAGAAGCUGGUUACAGUUACGUCGAUCGAUUGACCCAACUGGAAGAGGACCUCUUCGCACAGGGACAAUACGUCAAGGAAGACUCACCCUUUUACCGCAUGUCGCAGUUCAAGAAACCUCAGCCAGAAGCCCAGGAACUCUCACGCAAAUCCCUCCUUAUGUUGGAAGCCGCUCGAUACCUCAAAGCGCAGAUGAGCUUGACGGGUGAAGUCAAAGCAGAUCUGCGACAAUUGCUAACCUCUCCUAAACCAACAUCUCCUAAACCAACAACAACUCCUCCUAGAACAACAACAACCACUCCCAAACCAACCACAAAAACUACUAAACCAACCACAACAACCACUAAACCCACCUCAACAACAACUAAACCAACCACAAAAACAACUAAACCAACCACAACAACAACUAAACCAACCACAACAACAACUAAACCAACCACUAAAACUACUAAACCAACAACCACAACAACUCCUAAAACAACAUCCACAAAAACAACUAAAGCAACAUCCACAACAACAACUAAAGCAACAUCCACAACAACUCCUAAAGCAACUUCCACAACAACUCCUAAAGCAUUUUCCACAACAACAACUAAAGCAACAACUUCUACAAGGACGUCAACUACAAUCGGAAGCACUACCACCAGUCCCUCCAGCACCAAUAAUACUUGCCUUGGUGUGACAACGUGCCCCACAGUUUCCAAAUACCGUACGUUUGAUGGAUCUUGCAACAGCUUGACACUCACAAACCUUGGCAAAUCUUUCACUGACUAUCGCCGUUUGAGUUCACCCGCAUACGCAGAUGGUAUUCAAUCUCCCCGUGUGUCUAGUAACGGUUCAGAGUUGAACAGUGCACGUCUUAUAAGCACCACCAUCUUCGGAGGUGCUGACAGACCCCUCAGUACCACUACAUUAGCACUGAUGCAGUUUGGACAGUUUAUUAACCACGAUUUUGAAUCAACGACUCAGUUCACCUUUACAAACGGAUCGGACAUCAGCUGCUGUUCCAGUACCGGUGGCACGUUGAACGCUUCCCAACUUCAUCCGGCUUGUUUACCCGUUUCCGUACCAACCAACGAUAGAUUCUGGAACGUCAACUCACCGUCCAUCACAACCUGCAUGAACUUUGUUCGCUCCAUCUCCGGUCCGCGACUGGAUUGCAGCAUUGGAUACGCCGACCAACUCAAUCAAAACACGCACUGGAUGGAUGCCUCCACGGUUUACGGAUCGACUCCGGCAACUGCCGCUUCACUCCGUAGUUUCACCGGCGGUCUUUUAUUGACAACCAAAGACGCAAUUAGUGCAACAACCAGUCGAGAUUUACUUCCAUUGACGUCUCCCUGCACCACUGGUGCUUGUUUUUUGGCAGGUGAUUCGAGAGCUACUGAGCAGCCACAACUAACUGUCAUGCAUACCAUCUGGCUUCGUGAACACAACCGAAUCGCCAAGGCAUUGGCUGUUGUUAAUCCAACAUGGAAUGACACAAUCCUGUUUCAGGAGGCCAGACGAAUCGUCAUCGCAGAAAUGCAACAUAUUACCUACAAAGAAUUCAUCACUGCUUUGUUGAGUCCGGGAACCAUUACCAAGUACAGUCUUGCUCCACUGGCAUCCGGUUUUCUUACGAAUGCCAACACCAGCAGAGUAUCUACCGGACCCAUCAGUAACGAAUUUGCCACUGCUGCUUUCCGUAUGGGUCAUUCUCUCGUUCAAGGAUCAGUCCAACUUUUUGCUGAAAACGGCACAUUGCUGACGAGUUCUUAUACCAUGAGCGAUACCUUUAACAAUGCGGCAAUGCUCGUCAAUGACAAAACAUAUUUGGAUGCCGUUAUUCGGGGUCUUCUCACCGAACCUUCUCAAUCAGUGGACCAAAAUGUGGACGACUCGUUGUGGAAUCGGCUCUUUAGAGCGAGAAACAUCCGGUUUGAUGUUGUUGCUUUAAACAUCCAACGCGGCCGCGAUCAUGGUAUUCCAAGCUACAAUACCUAUCGCCAAUUUUGCGGUUUUACGAAAGCCACCAGUUUCGCUGAUUUGAGCGUUCCAUCGACAACUAAUCCAGUUAUCAAGCCAGAUUUGGUUCCUCUUCUACAGCAGGUGUAUAACUCUGUUGAUGAUAUUGAUGUCUACGUAGCUGGACUUUUGGAAGCGCCUCUCGGUGGUUCCAUCGCCGGACCAACUUUAAACUGUUUACUGGGUGAACAAUUCAAUCAGAUUAAGUAUGCCGAUCGCUAUUUCUACGAACUUGGUGGUCAAGCUCACUCAUUUUCCUCAGCCCAGUUAUCCGAAAUCAGAAAAGCUAGUUUGGCACGCAUUUUUUGCGACAACAGUGACGGCACAGUUUUGAGCGUUCAGCCCAAAGCUUUCAUUCCAGUCAGCGCGACGAAUGCCAAAGUCCUUUGCACUGGAACCACUAUCCCAAGUUUGAACUUAACAAUGUGGAAAAACGAAGUUUUAUUCUAAUUAAUUACAUAAUCAAGCUUUUCAUCUACCACUAAGAUUUCAACAUUAUUGUAUGAAUCAUUGGCAAAAAAAAAAUGAAUUUAUAAAGUUAAUUGUUAAACAGCUUCGAAGGUUUCAAAUGUUGGGUGAUGGCAAUAAAUACAAGCAACUGAAAUAAAAA